AUUACUUCGAAUAACGACAGAAGUAUAAUGCGCAAGAAAGGCGACAUUGUUUGGGCUAACAAACACCGUAUAUAGGGUAGAGGGAAAUCGAAACUUUCGUUAGAUUAUGUGUCAUCAAAAGGCCCUCAUACUGGAGAAGGCGAGGGGGUCAUUCGUGGUGUCUGCAGCGCAGCCUAUCUUAAAGCCAGGUCCUGGACAACUUUCUGUCAAGGUCAUUGCUGUUGCUUUGAACCCGGUUGAUUGGAAAGUUCAGGCAUGGGAUUUCUUCAUAAAGGAAUACCCAGCGAUCCUUGGUCUAGAUAUUGCAGGGGAUGUAGAAGAAAUUGGUGAGGGUGUCGAAGGCUUCUCUAGAGGCGAUAAGGUAUUCUGCCAGGGCUUUCUUGGUAAUGAUAUGGCUGGCUUUCAGCAAUACACAUUAAUUCCUGCUGACAUCGUUGGAAAGAUCCCAUCCAACAUUGAUUAUGCUCAGGCGGCCACUAUCCCUGGUGCAUUCACCACAGCUGCGAUAAGUCUUUUCAAGGCCCAACCUGAAGGGGCAGGUCUUAACCCCACCUUUGACCUCGAUAUCAAAUUCGCUGGACGUUCAGCUGUCAUAGUUGGAGGAAGCACGUCAGUCGGUCAAUACGUCAUACAGUUAUUCAAACUGCUGGGCUACAGUACAAUCAUUGCAUACGCCUCUGCUCGCCACACUGACUAUCUAAAAUCAAUCGGCGCAACACAUGUUAUUGACCGUGGAGAGGUACCUGUCAGUAACUUGGCCGAGGCCGCAAAGAAGAUUGCAAAUGCACCCAUUGAAAUUGCUUACAAUGCAGUUGGGGACAAGGAUUUUCGAGCAGCUUGCAUCGAUGCUAUCAUCGAAGGUGGGCAGGUACCUGAUGUGAACCCACAAGCCAAGAAUGAAGACCCAGAAAAUGGCAAAAGAGUGUUCACUAUCUUUGGGAGUCCGCACCAUCCCCCUCACAGAGAAUUCUGCCGUAUCCUUUGGAAAACUCUUCCAAACUUGGUACAAAAAGGAGCUAUAGUUCCCAACCGGGUGGAGAAACUUCCCAAUGGUCUCGCUGGAAUCGACCAAGGGUUGCAGAAGCUGAAAGUGAAUGAAGUCAGCGGUGUAAAGCUGAUUGCAUUCCCCCAAGAGACGGCUUGAAUUAGCGUAUUGGUGGGUAUUAGUUCGUCUACGGUACUUACAAUAUAGUAUGUGAGUCAUCUGUCAAUGGAUGAAUAAGAUACAGACGGUCCACUGUGUUGCUGCAGUGA